UUUCUGCCUGGAAUGUCACUUCCGGCGGAAAGAAAGACUGCAAGGCUGCCUUCCUCGCUUCUUUCUUUUCGGCGCCAUCAUGGGUCGCAUGCACGCACCCGGAAAGGGUCUGUCCCAGUCGGCCUUGCCUUACAGGAGAAGCGUGCCUACAUGGCUGAAACUUACUUCUGAUGAUGUCAAAGAGCAGAUUUACAAGUUGGCAAAGAAAGGCCUGACACCUUCCCAAAUCGGUGUGAUAUUAAGGGACUCGCAUGGGGUUGCCCAAGUUCGUUUUGUGACUGGUAACAAAAUUCUGAGGAUUCUUAAAUCCAAGGGACUUGCCCCUGAUCUCCCAGAAGAUCUUUACCACUUAAUCAAGAAAGCAGUUGCUGUCCGCAAGCAUCUUGAGAGGAAUCGCAAGGACAAAGAUGCCAAAUUCCGACUUAUUUUGAUUGAGAGCAGAAUUCACAGGCUGGCUCGUUACUACAAGACCAAGAGAGUACUCCCACCUAAUUGGAAGUACGAAUCAUCCACGGCUUCUGCUCUGGUUGCAUAAAAAUUCUUAUUACAACCAUGGGAACCUAAACCAUCUUGUAAUCGUGUUAUGCCUACUUCAGAGUGAUGUCAUUGCUUUCUUAUUUAAAAUUGGAAGGAUAAGUUAACACGUUUCCUACAUCAAUAAAAGCUUCUGGAUUUUUUUCCCA